AUGGCUCAACAACAACAUGCCGUCUCACCGGCUGACAAGACCUGGGUCGAUGUUCAGAAGAAGGCGUUUACCAGGUGGGCCAACCAGUUCCUAGCGGAGAGGCGCAUGAAGGUGGAGGACAUCGAGACUGGUCUGUCCAACGGCAUCAACCUGUGCAACCUGCUCGAGAUCAUCUCGUCCAAGUCGCUGGGUAAGAUCAACCUGAAGCCCACCAUGCGGUACCAUUACCUCGAGAACAACGGCCGCGCCGUAAAGUUCAUCAAGGACGAGGGCCUCCAGCUGGUCGGUAUCGGCCCGGAGGACAUCGUCGACGGCAAGGUCAAGCUCAUCCUGGGCCUCAUCUGGACUCUCAUUCUGCGCUACCAGAUCAACAUGAUCGGCCAGGGCUCGCCCAAGUGGGAGCUGCUCCAGUGGGUCAACGCCCAGAUCGCCCCCUACAACGUCGACAAGCCGGUGGUCAACUUCACCACCAACUGGUGCGACGGCCGCGUGCUGAGCGCUCUCUGCGACUCGGUUCAGCCGGGCGUGCUCACCCCCACGGACAUGUCGGCCCUCACCAACGACGCCCUCCAGGACCUCGAGAAGGCCAUGCAGACCGCCCUCGACCACUUCAACAUUGCCCGGCUCAUCGACCCCGAGGACAUGGUCAACACCCCUGACGAGCUCUCGCUCAUGACCUACCUCUCCGCCUUCCGCAACUACCUCAGCGAGGAGGAGCACCGCAAGCGCGAGGAGCUGGCCCGCAAGAAGCGCACGGCCGACCCGGCCCACUGCUACGCCUAUGGUCCGGGCCUAGAGCGCGCCGACACCUACCAGUCGGCCGACUUCACCAUCGUGGCCAAGAACUACUUUGACGAGGAGCUCCCCACCGGCGGCGACCAGUUCGAGGUGACCAUUGCCGGCCCCGAGGGCCACAUCCAGCCCACUGUGACCGACGGCGGUGACGGCAAGUACCCCGUGCACUACACCGUCACCAAGCCCGGCGACUACACCAUCACCAUCAAGCUCCGCGACGAGGCCAUCAAGAACUCCCCGUACACCGUCCACAUCGACGGUCCGUCCGCCGGGCACUCGGUCGCCACCGGCCCCGGAGUCGAGGGCGCGCAGACCAAGAAGCCGGCCCAGUUCCGCGUCACCUCCUUCAACGCCCAGGGUCAGCAGAUCAAGACCGGCGGCGACAAGUAUGAGGUGCAGGUCGAGGGUCCCGAGGCCGUGCCCGCGCCGUCCCUGACCGACAACCAGGACGGUACCUUUGACGGCGCCUACCAGGUAGCCACUCCCGGCCGCUACGUCGUCAAGGUCACCCUCGACGGCGAGCCCAUCAAGGGCAGCCCCUACGGCCUGCUCAUCGAGGGCGCCCGCGCCGCGCUGUCGUUCGCCGAGGGUCCCGGCCUGGUGGGCGGCCAGACCACCAAGCCGGGCGUGUUCACCAUCCACGCCUACAGCCCCGACGGUGACCGCUGCACCGAUGGCGGCGACCCGUUCCAAGUCGACAUCCAAGGGCCGGCCCAAGUGCAGCCUUCCAUUACCGACAACGCCGACGGCACCUACACCGUGCAGUACACCCCGACCGAGCCGGGCGACUAUCAGGUCAACGUCACGCUCCACGGCGAGCCCAUCAAGGAGUCGCCCGUGACCGUGUUCAUCAAGUCAUCACCCGACGCCGGCAAGAGCUGGGCCGAGGGUACGGGCCUGGUCGCCCUGGUCGAUACCGACAUGGGCCACUUUGUCAUCCACGCCGUCGACAAGGCCGGCGUCCAGCGGACCGACGGCGGCGACCAGUUCGAGGUGGCCAUCGCCGCACCCAACGGCGACCUGCCCGCCACUGUGACCGACAACGGCGACGGUACCUACGCCGUCCAGUUCGAGCCCAUCGUGCCCGGCCAGUACACCAUCGCCGUCACCUUUGAGGGCGGCGCCAUCCAAGGCGCGCCCUUCACGGUGCCCUGCACGGAAGGCACCGACUACAGCGCGUCAGGCUUUGGCGUGUUUUCGUUCACCAUCCAGGCCCGCGACAGGCGCGGCGACAAGAAGACGUUCGGCGGCGACAAGUUCACCGUCGACAUAGCGGGUCCCACCGGCGACGCGUCGGAGGUGGGCGAGGUUCAGACCAACGACAAUGGCGACGGCACCUACACCGCCGUCUACGCGCUCGCGGGCCAGAAAGGCGACAUCUUCACCAUCCUCGCCAAGCUCAACGGCCACGGGGUCGGCACCUACAAGCAGAACAUGUAG